AUGAACGAGACCACUCCCCUGCUGGCCGAUGUAGAAGACGGGCGACCAAGCUACGUUCGUGCCUCCGAAGACCGAGACGUCAAGUCCGCUGUCGACAUCAAUGGCUCGCCCGACGACCCUCAACAGUGGCCAGCGUCUUUCAAGUGGAGCAUCGUGGCCUUGCUAUCGUUUUCGGCCUUCUCUGUAACAUAUGGCUGCCUCUCGGUCGCCCCCGUGGCGACUCGCAUCGCCAACGACCUCGAUGGUGGCAACAGUGGAAAAUCCUCUGCCGCGCUUCUAGUCACGAUCUGGGAGCUGGGAGAAGCAGCCGGGCCUCUGCUCAUUGCCCCACUGGCAGAGAUGUUUGGGCGCUGGCCGCUGUAUAAUGCCGCGAAUGUUCUCUUCGUGGUGGCAACAAUUCUCGGAGCGCUCUCCAAGGAUACAGGAGAGUUUGUCGCGUCGCGAGCGCUGACGGGCAUGGCGGUCGCAGCCAAUGUGCUCAACCCAGCCAUCAUCGGAGACAUAUUCCCGACCGAACAGAGAGGUGCAGCCAUGAGCUACAUCAUGUUCGCGCCACUCGUCGCCAGCUCCGUCGGGCCAGCGUUCAGCAGCAUCAUUGCGGGCAGCCUCGGAUGGCGGUCUGUGCUCUGGACCAGCGUUGCGUUGGCGGCCGUAAACGGGCUGGUCUUUUUCUCUUGCUUCCGCGAGACGUACAAGGUCAUCAUACUUCGUCGGAAGGUCGCCAAGCUCCGCAAGGCGGCUGACGAUGCGUCGCGGAUCGAGUCUCUUACGAAAGAGAUCCACCUCGUGAAGAGCCCCGCUGGUCUAUGGACUUCUAUGAUGCGACCUGCGGUGGUCUUCUUUGGCUCCGGUGUCCUGGCGGCCUUGUCGCUUUUCGGGUCCCUCAUGUACUCGUAUUUCUACGUCAUCUCUACGACGCUCCCAGGCAUACUGGAAGAAGUAUACCUGUUUCCGGCAUCCAUGACAGGCUCAGCAUUCUUGGCCAAUGGAAUCGGCACGUUUAUCGGUGUUGUCAUCUGCAACUUGAGUCUGGACAGGAUAUACGUCAAGCUCAGCAACGACAACAAGGGAGUCGGUCGACCAGAAUUUCGCUUGCCACUAACCCUCAUCGGCACAGCGACGAUGCCGCCAGCUGUGGCACUCUAUGGCUGGUGCGCCGAGUAUCGGCUGCCUCUAUACCUAUUCCUGAUAUCCGUCGUCUGGAUUCGGGUGUCCAUGACGCUCGCCUUCCUGCCGUUGAUGCCGUACGUGGUGGACGCAUGCGGCAUAUAUUCUGCAUCAGCUCUGACAGGCAUGAUUGUGAUCCGGUGCCUGGCGGGCGCCUUCUUGCCGUUGGCAACGGCGGGGAUGAUUGAGCACCUGGGAUAUGGGCGGGGAUUUACCACGCUGGCAGUGGUGAGCUUGGUGGCCGGUCUGAUCCCUGCAUUGGUGCUCCGUUUCGGAUCUCGCUGGAGGCAACGCUCAAAGUACACCAAGACCACUCAAGAAGCGUGA